AUGAUACAGAAUGCUGGAGUACAGAGCGCCGUGCGAGCGUGCGACUCGACUUGUGCCGAUUUCCGCAGGAGGCUGGGCGAGUGGCCUCAACGCUCGACCGAGGACAGCAUCUCCUGGCGAGAUCACUUUUGCAUCGGCAUGUUCAAGGUGGCCAAGAUUCAAGCUUUCCGCCACCAGGUGGAACUAUGCAAGUCAACAAUUGCCGUGGCACUGGGAACUGCGAAUUGUAUCAUGACGGUGUCCGAUGAAAGUUGA